AUGGCGCAUAUUCAGUUCGAUUCUUCCCUCCUCUCAUCACUGAAUAACAAGGUCGUUGUGCUGACCGGUGGCGCAACUGGUAUCGGCCGUUCCUGCAUUCAGCAACUCUGCGAAAAUGGAGCAAAGGUUAUUUUUGGUGACAUUGCGGACGCACCAUCACGAGAAAUCGAAUCCCAGCUUAGCCCGAACGCACAAUUUAUCAAAUGCGAUUCCGCAAGCUAUUCAGAUCAACUCAAUCUCUUCAAGAGUGCCUUCGAGAAGCACGGAAGGGUGGACAUAGUCAUUGCGAAUGCAGGCAUUGCCAUUCACAAGGACCCCUUUGAUCCAAAUGCCGACAUCAACGAAGCACCCUCGAUGAAAGAGGUGGAAGUCAAUACGAUUGGGGCUCUAUUCAGCGCUCGUAUCGGCAUGCAUUUCCUCCGACGGAGCGGGGGUGGGGAUUUGGUGCUCGUCAGCAGUAUUGCUGGGUUCAAGGAAUGUGGGGGCUUGGUCGCGUACACUGCAAGCAAGCAUGGCGUCGUGGGGAUCAUGCGGGGCCUACAUCUUACAGCGACGCCGGAAAACAUCAAGGUUAAUGUUAUUUGUCCUUGGAUGACGAAGACGCGGUUGGUUCGAGGCAUUGAAAAGGGUUGGUAUGAGAAGGGAUUACCCGCGAACGAACCGGAAGACGUUGCCCGGUCGAUCUUGAUUUGUGCCACGGCAAAUCGGGGGCAGGGUGGAAAGACACACGGUGGCGCUCGUCUGCCUUUUGCGGGGAAGAUUCUUUGGGUGGCAGGUGGUGAAAGCUAUGAGAUUGAGGAUGGAAUUCAGAAUCUGGAGCCUGAAUGGCUGGGGAAGGAAAAUAGCCAGGUUCUUGCACAAGGGCAGGCAUAUUUAGCAUCUGCGGGUACUAGCUGGGAUGAGUCAAAGCUGUAA